UUACAGGGAAUUUCACUCGGCUUGCUCCCGGCGCAUCAUGCGGGGACUCUGAGCGGGACAUGUCUGACCUAGGCGGCUCCUGGUUGACGCUGGGGUUAGCGCCGCAGUCCGCAGCACCUGCCAACGUGAGCCUGGUUGAAGGACAGCUCGAGGCGUCCGGACAGACCCAGCUGCUGCUGGAGAUCCUCAUGGUGCUGAUGUGUCUGGGCGCCGUCACCGGUAAUAUUCUUGUCAUUAUUAUUGUGGCUGCGACCAAGACCUUCCACUCGGUGACCUCGGUGCUGAUCAUGAACCUGGCCGUCAGUGACCUCCUGGUGGGCGUCGGGGUCAUGCCUUUCGUCGCGUUGUCCGUCCUGAACCAGCAGUGGGUGAAUUGUACAGACCUCUGCUUAUACGUGGGCUACACCUCCUCCGUGUACUGCACGGCGUCUGUGCUGUCGCUGGCCGCGAUUGCCCUCGACCGCUAUUACUCCAUCGUGGACUGCCUGCGCUACAGCUCCCGCUGCACCCUGUGGAGGACGUCCGCCGUGGUCCUGUGGAUCUGGCUGCAGGCUCUGGCCACCAGCUGCGGCCCCCUGCUGGGCUGGAGCUCCAUCAGCUACGUGGUUCCCAUGUACAGCUGUUCGGUCAACUGGGCCGGCAGCCCCAGCUACACGGCCUUCAUGGCUGCGCUCACCUACCUCAUACCCGCGGUGGUCAUCCUCUUCUGUUACAUUAACAUCGUCAAGGUGGCCCGCAGCCACGCUAGGAGGAUUCACACGCUGGAGGACUCUGUCCAGCGCAGCAGGAAUCUGAACUCCGGCUUCACCCCCGGCAAUAGAGCCCACCACGGCCACUGCCCCUCGCGGCUGGUUUACCACGUAAGUGGGCAGUUUGUGUCCGACGUCAGUGGAGAUGAGGGAAGGUAUAUCAGUGUUGUUCUACCUGAUUCUGCUGCGGAGCAGAGCAGCUCCGCGUCCAGGCGUUUGUUCUCGCUCCCGGCCCAGGGCGCCCCCCAGCAGCAUCACAGCCACCACGGGCUGGUGCGUCUCUUCCUGGUCAUCUCGGCCUUCUUCCUCUGCUGGACGCCCUUCAUCAGCGUGGCCCUGAUCCAGGCCACAGAAGCGGCCGUCUCAGGCCAGUCGAGCCUGGUCCCGCCCUCUGCCGUUACCUUUUCCUACUGGCUGGUGCUGCUGAACUCUGACAUCAAUCCUCUCCUGUACGCUCUGCUCAGCAAGCGCUUCCAGGGAGCUCUUCAGGGACUCGGGCAAAAAAUAAGCGAGCGCCUGGGGAGCGCGGUGGGCCGGGCGGCGGAGGCCCGAGUCGAGGGAUGCGACAGCCGGCUCGCCAGCACCCGUCCAGGCCCACGCUCAAGCUCCGGGAGUUCAACCAGUGAUGACCCCAAAUACUCCCCCUCCAUUUUCACCGUUAGCGCUGCCUUCAGACGUCAUUGCGAGGAGCACCUAUGCCACCAUGAAACCCCCUCCUCACCCUCGGGUGGUGAGUCGAGGGUGCACUGCCUGCAGGUUCCCCCUCAGCCACAGGAGCGCAGCAGACUUCCUUUCUCAGCUCUGGCCAAGGAUUCUCAGGCCACUUUCUUUUACGGCCAGAUAACGGUGAGGGUAGAGCGUGAUGUUGUUACAGAUGUUGUAAGUCUCACUUCCACAGAUGUUGCAAAGUUUUCACAUACUGUAUGAGCAUUGAAUGCGCAUAGUCAUCACAAUCUUACAUUCAAGUAUAUGUAAUAAUUGCUUCCAUAAUAAAUAUUGGGUUUUGGUCCAUGAAUGUUAAGAAAACCCGCCGGAAACGAGUAUUUUGCAAGAUCAGCACUGGCUUGUUCCAGAUUGAAUUCAAAAUAAAAAAUACAAAAUCUAUAAUCUGUGCAUUUUUGAUUGGAAAAAAUAUAAUUGAAAGAUACUUUUCAAUAAUUAAUUGGUCAAAUAGUUGUCUGAUACUUGCUGACUAAAUUUGUUAGAUCAACUGUGCAUUAACCUCAAUUAGAAAUUUAGUAGUGAUGUAAAUUACAAACAUUUUAAGAUAAACAUAAAUUACCAAAAAAGUAAAAAUAAAUAAUAGAAUUUCCGGUCCCAAUUAUUUCAAUGUUUGC